ACGAAAAUGUCCUCGGCCGUGGGGCCCCGCGGUCCUCGCCCACCCACGGUGCCUCCCCCGAUGCAAGAGCUGCCCGACCUGAGCCACCUGACCGAGGAGGAGAGGAACAUCAUCAUGGCAGUGAUGGACCGGCAGAAGGAAGAGGAGGAAAAAGAAGAAGCCAUGCUCAAGUGUGUUGUCAGGGACAUGGCGAAGCCUGCUGCCUGCAAAACACCAAGAAAUGCUGAAAGCCAGCCCCACCAACCUUCACCGAGAUUGCAUCAACAAUUUGAAAGCUAUAAGGAACAAGUGAGAAAAAUUGGGGAAGAAGCCCGUCGUUACCAGGGUGAGCACAAAGAUGAUGCUCCGACUUGUGGAAUCUGUCAUAAAACGAAGUUUGCUGAUGGGUGCGGCCACCUCUGUUCCUACUGCCGCACCAAGUUCUGUGCCCGCUGCGGAGGUCGCGUGUCUCUGCGAUCCAACAAUGUUAUGUGGGUAUGCAAUUUAUGUCGAAAGCAACAAGAAAUCUUAACCAAAUCUGGGGCGUGGUUCUUUGGAAGCGGCCCUCAGCAGCCAAGUCAGGAUGGAACCCUAAGUGACACAGCUACAGGUGCUGGUUCUGAGGUACCAAGAGAAAAGAAAGCACGACUCCAAGAGCGAUCGCGGUCUCAGACACCCCUGAGCACAGCAGCUGCCUCCUCCCAGGACACGGCCCCUCCCAGGGCACAACCAGACAGGAGUAAAGGGGCUGAGCCCUCACAGCAAGCCGUGGGGCCUGACCAGAAGCAGGCUUCAUCCAGGUCUAGAAGUGAACCUCCAAGAGAGAGGAAGAAGACGCCGGGCCUCCCGGAGCAGAAUGGCAAAGGAGCCCCGAAGGGCGAGAGGAAGCGGGUGCCAAAGUCUGCGGCGCAGCCGGGCGAGGGGGCCCUGGACGAGCGCGAGCGAAAAGAGAGGCGGGAAGGCCGGAGACUUGAGAAGGGGAGGUCGCAGGACCGCCCCGACGUGCCGGAAAAACGCGAGGCCGGCGAGGCGGCUGAGGAGAAACAGAGGAAAGAGGAGGAGUACCAGACCCGGUAUCGCAGCGACCCGAACCUGGCCCGGUACCCGGUGAAGCCCCCGCCCGAGGAGCAGCAGAUGCGCAUGCACGCCCGGGUGUCCCGCGCCCGGCACGAGCGGCGCCACAGCGACGUGGCGCUCCCGCGCACCGAGGCGGGCCCCGCGCCGCCCGAGAAGGCGGCCAAACGCGCGCCGCCCGCCGCCAGGGCCUCGCCGCCGGAGUCCCCGCGGGCGUACCCGGCCGAGAGGACGGCGGAGGGCAGGCCGCCGGGCGCCAAGCCGCUGGCGAACCUCAGCCCGCCGGCGCCCAGGCAUGGGCCGGUGCCCGCGGACGCGCCGGAGCCCAAAGCCCAGGAGCCGCUGAGGAAGCAGAGCCGCCUGGACCCCGGCUCGGCCGUGCUCCUGCGGAAGGCCAAGCGCGAGAAGGUGGAGACCAUGCUGCGCAACGACUCGCUGAGCUCCGACCAGUCCGAGUCCGUGCGCCCGUCGCCGCCCAAGCCGCACCGCGCCAAGCGGGGCGGCAAGAAGCGGCAGAUGUCGGUGAGCAGCUCGGAGGAGGAGGGCGUGUCGACGCCGGAGUACACCAGCUGCGAGGACGUGGAGCUGGAGAGCGAGAGCGUCAGUGAGAAAGGUGACUUGGAUUAUUACUGGUUGGAUCCUGCCACGUGGCAUAGCCGGGAAACAUCACCUAUCAGUUCGCAUCCCGUAACGUGGCAACCAUCUAAAGAGGGAGACCGACUAAUUGGACGUGUUAUUCUUAACAAGAGAACAACUAUGCCCAAAGAAUCAGGUGCAUUACUGGGUCUGAAAGUUGUUGGAGGAAAAAUGACUGACUUAGGACGCCUUGGUGCCUUCAUCACCAAAGUAAAGAAGGGUAGCCUUGCAGAUGUAGUUGGACAUUUAAGAGCAGGGGAUGAAGUUCUAGAAUGGAAUGGUAAACCCCUGCCGGGAGCUACAAAUGAAGAAGUUUACAACAUUAUUUUAGAAUCAAAAUCAGAACCUCAAGUUGAAAUUAUUGUUUCAAGGCCUAUUGGUGACAUUCCACGGAUUCCUGAGAGCUCCCAUCCUCCACUGGAGUCCAGUUCAAGUUCCUUUGAAUCUCAGAAGAUGGAAAGACCUUCCAUUUCUGUUAUUUCUCCAACAAGUCCUGGAGCUCUAAAAGAUGCCCCACAAGUCUUACCAGGGCAACUUUCUGUGAAGCUGUGGUAUGAUAAGGUGGGACACCAGCUGAUUGUAAAUGUUCUGCAAGCAACAGAUCUGCCCUCCAGAGUAGAUGGGCGUCCCAGAAAUCCCUAUGUAAAAAUGUAUUUUCUUCCAGAUAGAAGUGAUAAAAGUAAAAGGAGGACCAAAACAGUAAAGAAAGUACUAGAACCAAAAUGGAAUCAAACUUUUGUCUAUUCACAUGUACAUCGUAGAGAUUUUAGAGAACGAAUGUUAGAAAUAACUGUAUGGGAUCAACCAAGAGUACAAGAAGAAGAGAGUGAAUUUCUUGGAGAGAUCCUCAUAGAAUUGGAAACAGCGCUUUUAGAUGAUGAACCACAUUGGUAUAAACUUCAGACACAUGAUGAAUCUUCACUACCUCUGCCUCAGCCAUCACCUUUCAUGCCAAGGCGACAUAUUCAUGGAGAAAGCUCUAGCAAAAAGCUACAAAGAUCUCAGCGAAUCAGUGAUAGUGACAUCUCAGAUUAUGAGGUUGAUGAUGGUAUUGGAGUAGUUCCUCCAGUAGGUUAUAGGUCUAGUGCUAGAGAAAGUAAAUCUACAACAUUAACUGUGCCAGAACAGCAAAGAACAACUCAUCACCGCUCACGUUCAGUAUCUCCUCAUCGCGGCGAUGAUCAGGGAAGGCCGCGUUCACGUUUACCAAAUGUGCCAUUACAGAGGAGUUUAGAUGAAAUUCAUCCAACAAGAAGGUCACGUUCUCCAACCAGACACCAUGAUGCCUCCCGAACUUCUGUUGAUCACAGAUCCAGAGAUGUGGAUAGUCAGUAUUUGUCAGAACAAGACAGUGAGCUUCUUAUGCUGCCCAGAGCAAAACGAGGACGAAGUGCAGAAUGCCUACACACAACAAGGCAUCUUUUACACCACUAUAAAACAUUCCCACCCAAGAUGCCUUUAUUAGAGAACAGUUCUCUUUGGGACAUAUAUAGGGAAGACUCAGUUCUGCCUGCACAUACUAAAAUCAAAUCAGUGACUAGACAGGACUUCCCUCUUCAUCAUGAAUGCUUUAACUCAAGAGUUUGGAGAUUUACUGAUAAAAUAUUGGUUAGUGAACUGCAGCCCUCCCUUGACAGGGCUAGGAGUGCUAGUACCAACUGCUUGAGACCAGAUACUAGUUUGCAUUCACCAGAACGAGAAAGGGCUAGAUGGUCCCCCUCCCUAGAUAGGAGACGACCUCCUAGCCCCAGGAUUCAAAUCCAGCAUGCAUCUCCGGAGAAUGACAGGCACUCCAGAAAGUCUGAAAGAUCUAGCAUCCAAAAACAGACUAGGAAAGGCACUGCCUCUGAUGCAGAAAGGGUUCUCCCACCAUGUCUUUCUAGAAGGGGAUACGCAGCCCCAAGAGCGACUGAUCAUCCAGUCUUUAGGGGAAAACAUCCCGCUCGCUCAAGGUCGAGUGAGCACUCUAGUGUCAGAACACUGUGUUCUAUCCACCACCUUGCCCCAGGAGGGUCGGCGCCACCUUCUCCGCUUCUGACAAGAAUGCAUCGACAAGGAAGUCCAACCCGGUCUCCUCCCACAGACGCAUCCUUCAGCAGUCGAAGGGGAAGACAGCUCCCACAAGUGCCAGUGAGAAGCGGCAGUAUAGAACAAGCAAGCUUAGUAGUGGAGGAGCGAACAAGACAGAUGAAAAUGAAAGUGCAUCGAUUUAAGCAGACAACAGGGUCUGGUUCUAGUCAAGAACUUGAUCGCGAGCAAUAUUCCAAGUAUAACAUACAUAAAGAUCAGUACAGAAGCUGUGAUAACGUCUCUGCCAAAUCAUCAGAUAGUGAUGUCAGUGAUGUGUCCGCCAUUUCCCGAACCAGCAGUGCCUCACGCCUCAGCAGCACAAGCUUUAUGUCAGAGCAAUCUGAGCGCCCCAGGGGUAGAAUCAGUUCAUUUACCCCUAAAAUGCAAGGCAGACGGAUGGGGACUUCAGGAAGAGCCAUCACGAAGAGCACCAGUGUGAGUGGAGAGAUGUACACACUGGAGCAUAAUGACGGCAGUCAGUCAGACACGGCUGUGGGUACAGUGGGAGCAGGUGGAAAGAAAAGGAGAUCCAGCCUGAGUGCCAAAGUGGUUGCCAUAGUGUCUCGAAGAAGUAGAAGCACAUCCCAACUAAGCCAAACAGAGUCGGGCCAUAAGAAGUUAAAAAGUACCAUACAGAGAAGCACAGAAACAGGAAUGGCAGCUGAAAUGAGGAAGAUGGUCAGGCAACCGAGUCGGGAAUCUACUGACGGCAGCAUCAACAGCUACAGCUCUGAGGGAAACCUAAUAUUCCCUGGAGUGCGACUAGGAGCAGACAGUCAAUUCAGUGAUUUUCUUGAUGGACUGGGACCAGCCCAACUUGUUGGCCGACAGACGCUUGCCACCCCUGCAAUGGGUGAUAUACAGAUUGGAAUGGAAGAUAAAAAGGGCCAAUUAGAAGUUGAAGUUAUUAGAGCACGAAGCCUCACACAAAAACCUGGUUCCAAAUCUACACCCGCUCCAUAUGUCAAAGUAUAUCUUUUGGAAAAUGGGGCCUGUAUAGCCAAGAAGAAGACAAGGAUUGCAAGAAAAACCCUUGAUCCUUUGUAUCAACAGUCCCUGGUUUUUGACGAAAGUCCACAGGGUAAAGUUCUUCAGGUGAUUGUCUGGGGCGACUAUGGCAGAAUGGACCAUAAAUGCUUUAUGGGCGUGGCUCAAAUCUUGUUAGAAGAACUUGAUCUGUCGAGUAUGGUAAUCGGAUGGUACAAAUUGUUCCCACCGUCUUCACUGGUGGACCCCACACUCACACCCCUAACCCGCCGGGCUUCCCAAUCAUCUCUGGAAAGUUCAACUGGUCCUCCCUGCAUUCGAUCAUAGUGAACUCAUAUCAGAGUCAUUCCAAUAAAACUCUACCAUUCAGGAUAAUAAUCUGAACCAGAUAUCUCAUGAUCAAAAGCAUUGUUGGAGACAAUCAACUUGUGUUUUGCCUGUAGUAGUUUUUCAAUACUAUGUCCCAAUUGUUAAAACCUGGCUUCAUAUGACAGAACAAGGCAGUCUAUCAAAUCAGUUAAGAGUCGAUGUGCUAGUGAGAGUCACUGAUGCUUCUAACAAGUAGAAAAAGAGGAAACUUCAAAUCCACACACACCCCAAAUUGAACAAACUGGAAGCUCUCACUCUGUGAAAAGUUGUAUUUACACAUUUCUGCACGGACCACAUCAGUGUUAUUUCCCUGAUGUUUUGAGUUUUGUUCUUUGUUUUGUUUAUAUGUGUGCUGUUUGUUGGGUUUUGUUUCUGAAGUUUUUUGUUGUGUUCUGGUUUUCACUGUAUUUGUUAUUCCCACUUGUUUUGGGCUGUGACAUGACAGGCCUCAUGAUGCUUACAGAGACCCUUCCUUUCUUUUUCCAAAAGCACCAAAAAAGGGCUGAAGCAGUCUCUGUAGCAUCUUCCCUACGUGUUCAGCUGGACAAGAUGAGGCCAACAAAGGGUUCCACAGGCUUUCACGUUAUAAUUCUUUAAAGUCUUAUGUUUGGAAACCCAGAAGACAAAAAAUUAAAUUCCAAAACAAUCACAGAAUCACUUUUUUCAAUGAAGAGCAUAUCUGUUUGCAUUCUAGAAAUUUCAUUUAUGUUUUCCAUUGUUUUGCAUGGAAGACUUUUAAAGAAGUCAAUCUGCAACUAAUGCUGGGAACUAAAACUAACCGCAUAAUUGUACUUUGGAAACACUCCUUGUAAUGCCUUUUCUUCCUGAUACCCAAAAAAAAGUAUAUGCUCAUGUGUAUAAACCAUACUUUUGACUUCCCAAAAUGGUGACUAGAAAUGGAUUUGAGCCUAAGACACUUUCAGCUAUGCCCAGGCUUCUCGGCCAUGUCUCAGUGUAGAAACACCCAUCUGCCCUGGAAAGAGCAUGGUAUGAGCUGUUCAAUAUUCCACUGGGAAUUCCAGUUGAAAUAUUCUGCACUAGACUAAUGUUUUUAUCAAAUUUUAGUUUACAUUUCUUUGAGAUUGAUGCAAGCACAAAGCUUGAUUUUUUUAAUGCAAAGUAUCUUACUUUUCUGGGAGGGGGGCAAUAAACAAAGUCAAAUUUCAAUUUGCAUUCUCUUCAUUUGAUUUUUUUCUUGGCCUUGAAUUUCCCUUGUGACAUCCUGUAAAUGUGCUCCAAACUGCAGACUCUGCAGGUGCAUCGAUAUGUCCUCCCUCCUUUUAUGAGUCAUUCAACUUUUGUGAUUACGCAAAUAGAGCAGCAUGACUGGGAACUGUUCAAAGCUGCAUGCACGUUUUGUAAAAAAAAUAAAAUAAAAUUGAAAAAGAAAAGAAACAAAAGGUUAUUUAAUAAUGUAUGUUAGUUCCACAUAGGCCAGCUUGUAUGUUGCAUGUACUUGUACAGUUUGCUCGUUAAUUAUUAUACUGAAAUAACCAAGAAAUCUAAGCCAUCCAUUUUUGUUAUAGACAUUUUGCAGGUUUAGCUAGACUCAGUCUGUGAGUCUGGGGUGAAAUGUCUAUAGAUGGACUUUAUUUUUUACCCUCUGGAAAACGUGAUGUAGUACGGACCAAAUUCCUUCUAAUAAAUAUUUUGGUGUAGAUCCCUACUGUGGGGCUGUCACACGUAGACACUGUGUACACACUAGGUUUUAAUCCAUAGACAUACUGCCUGCACCAAGUGAAUUAUUUAUUAUUAUUUACACAUGCCAGAAUUAUCUGCCCAUCAUUCCGCAGGGCACAGAUUGACCACUGCUCGCCUUGCUGAGCAGGAAGAACUGAAGCAUUGGUGCACUUCUACUAGAUUCCGUUCUGUCUUAGUGGCCAACGAUCAACUAAUUAUAAUUGGGUAGUAUCUUUCUAUUUUGACCACUUGUCUUAACACUCCCCUGUGCUUUUAAAUGAACUUCCAACUCAUGUAUGUAAACAUGUUUAAUAAAAUUUACUUUUCAUGUCAGUCAGUAGCCAUCUGUGUUCUAUGUUUUGCCAGAUAUCCAUUGUGGGUUCUGUGGUGCAAAAUGGGAGCUGGAUUGUGGGGAGGGGAGGCUGGGACUUGUCUGCUGCGGGCAUUUGACUUGACUUGUCACUGCACUAUAUAUGUCUUAAUCUAUGGCCCAAAGGGUACUUUGCAUCACAUACAAGUUUUCACUUUGUCAGCCUGUCUAAGUGAGCACAUGACUAUACUUCUGAAAAGUGGCAUUAUUAAAAACAAUAAAUCUCAGUAAGAAUCAAAUGGAAGGUUGUUUUUCUGCUGCUGUUUGAGUGUGCUAAUAAAGGAGACAACU